UGUGCGCGUAUGAAAAUAUCGCCAAUUGUAAAGGACACCGUCCGUUACCACGUACGUGUCAUCAACAGUGUUCGCGUUAAUAAUUAUCGUUCGUAAAUCGUAUCAAAUCUCAGGGAAUACCUACUUCAAUCUAGUAUUAAUGAAUAAAAUUUCUUCGUAACGCGAACGACUGUUGAACGUGUGCAACCGUUAAAUUUUGUAAUUUCGGUUUCAUCGUCGUUAAAUUAUUUUUACUGUUAGAAGGAUAUCCGUAUUGUUGGUGUGAAUCUUUUCUUAUUGGUGCGUUUGGGAUUAAAAAAACAAGUUCAGUGCAUCGGAAGAAGACAGUGCUUCGAAAAAUUAGAGAUAACCCGAAUCGAGAAUCAUCAUUUUUGUCUAAAUGGUGGUAAGCCUGUGACGUGAUUAACUGUUGACCAAAGUACCAGAGAAAGGUGUCAAAAUUGAGCAGGUCGUCCUCCCGUCCGGCGGUGAUCUCGCCAAAAUUUGGAGGAUGUUGAUGCCCGGUGCUGCUGGCCUCAGUGCCGUAGGCGCGGUGGGCGCCGUUGGGGCGCCAGGGCCGGACGAGUUGGUUUCGGGCCUUGGCGCUUUGGCAGGCACUACGCCUCAACAGAAAGAUACCACUUGGACGAAACUUUUCGUCGGCGGUUUACCGUAUCACACCACCGACAAGAGUCUCAGGGAACAUUUCAACGUGUAUGGGGACAUCGAGGAGGCAGUGGUCAUUACCGAUAGGCAGACCGGCAAAAGUAGAGGUUAUGGUUUCGUGAUCAUGGGAGACAGGCCAGCGGCGGAGAGGGCGUGCAAAGACCCGAACCCCAUAAUCGACGGCCGCAAAGCAAACGUCAACUUGGCGAUUCUUGGAGCUAAGCCCAGGGGUAAUCUGCAAGCGACAUUCCCGUUCGCUGCUGGCAUUCGAGCUGGAUACCCCGCUGUUCUUCCCGGCCAAUAUGGGGUGCCACCAGGUUACGUGUACCAGUCACCAUACCUGGCGGCUGCCGCGCCAGGUGGUUUGGUACCGCUUCCGGCCACGCAGUUGACCCACGCGGCUGCCAUGGCUGCGGCGUCGCAGUUCUACGAGUAUCAGAACGUUGCCGCGGCGGCCGCCACUUACCCGGGGACGUCGUACAAUUUCGCCGAGGCCUAUCCUUAUACCAGCGCAGCCGCUGCUGGUAUGUGUUUGAAAAGUGUCCAGAGCAAGGACAGCAACGGGCUGAUACACCACCACCAGCAGCACAACGGCAGCAGCCCUGCGGUGCUGGCACACCAACGAUUGGAGAAAGCUCUCCUGCCUCCAUUUCUGCCGUCCGUGCUGCGUAGCAACGCGAAUGCAGCGGCAGCGAGUUACGUGACACCAUACACGUAUGCAACGCUACCAGGUGCAGCGGCAGGAUUACCAGCAGCAGCGGCUGCAGGNNNAGCGGCGGGCGCAGCCUUCCCAGGACUACCGUAUCAAACGACGCCUCAGGAAGCAAGAUUGCAAUAGAAGUUGAAUGAAUUGCCGCGAGGUGGAGGUUCGGUGCACACCAAUUGUUCCGCCAACGUUAAAAAAAAAAAAAAAGAAAAAAGAAAAAAGAAAAAAGAAAGAAAAAAGAAUACGCAAAACUUAAUCCUCGCCGCCGUAUAUAUACGUGUUUGGUCUUCGCCUGUCUCUUCGCGUCGAUUCUUUUCUUUUCCAAAGCUUCUUCCUUUCUCCGAGAGGGGGCAGAGUUACUAGUCGGCGCGAUUCCAUUCCGCACGAGAGAAGAAGCCAUUGUCUCAAACGUUUUCGUAGCUGUAGCCAGCUCACCGUUCUCACGAGUUUAAUUUUGGAAACGACGUACCGACCGAGAGACAGAGAAAACGAGGAAGCUUCGUUGGAUACGGCCCCACUCAGGAUCGAUGGUUCGAUCAUUUCUUAACCUAACUUAACCUUUAAUCUUCCCCACUUUAAUUCUUCCUUUCCACGUUCUCCUUUAUAGGGCCAAACUUGGCACGCUCGGCCAAUAUAUCUUCGAAGUAUACAUGACGAAUACGUAAAAUAAUUGUCGUUAGCGUUUACGAUUAUUUAUAACCGAUGGAGCACGACGGGCAAUAGAGGCUUUCAAUAGAACGAUUUAGAAACGUCGGAUUCUUUGUACAUUUACUUAUUAUCGCAUCGAUCGCGCAUGAUUAAUAACGAUGAAAUUUGUAAUGUAUCAUUUAAGAUACGUUCGAACGAAGUGAAUUACUCGCUACAUUAGGUGGAAUCGAAAGACUGAUCCGUAUUCAGAAUUGAUAUUGCUUAAAACGUGUGUAUUUUUACGAGAAAGUAAUUGUUGAUUAUUGGCAUAUAUCGGCAAUAAGUUUUGGAAG